UUGGCUGUCAUUCUCAUAAUCCUUUUGUAUUUUAUGAGCUUCUCUAGUUGUAAUUACGUCUAGCGAACUUGUCAGUAAAACUGGUGAAGAUCUGCAUUUGUGAUUGUGUUAGAGACGACUCUAUUCCAGGGGAAUGAAACCACCCCCCUCUCCCGAAGUAUCUUAAUUUGUUCCUGUUUGUUGCACCAUGUUGGCUGCUGUGAGGGAGGGUCCUGGCUAACUGAAAUGCCUGGCAACUGUAACCAAGGGGCAGGCAUUGCUGCGCUUGGGCACUGGUCUGUGUAAGUGACUUGAAGCAGGAAGGAAAACGAGAACAGAGGAUAAUAAAACAGGGAGACAACAAGGAGAGAUGGAAGUCUUUGAUUAUUUUUGAAUGGGGAAACAUCUUCAGGGUGUGCAGGAAGAGGAGGAUAAUGAGAAAAGAGGGAGAACAUUGGAAAGGAGAGAGAGAGAGAACAGUGUGCUGGGAGGAGUUGUGUGAGAAAGAGGACCUCAGGUGCCGCCAAAAGGGGAGGGAGGAGAGUUAGAGAGCGAGCGAGAGCGGGAGAGAGAGGGGAAAGGAAGGAGGGAGCGAAUGUGAUCGAGAGGCACAGUGGAAGAGAGAGCGAGAAUGUGAAGGGGGAGAGAAAACUGUGAGCCACUCGCAGCAUCUCUGAGCACCAGCAGUGAGGGGCUGCUCUCUUUUCCUCAGCUCAUUUCUGAUUUGCCGCACAAUUUGGAAUAGAUCUGUUCCUUAAUUUUGAAUUCUUAAUAUCAAAGUGCAUUUUGCACUGUGCACACUCGGUGGGAAUUGCCAUCAACCUGCUUUGGCUCACAGGUCGCCGAGAGCUGACAAGGACAGGAGCGGUACGCAGAUCUUCCAGUAUUUAAAAGGGGACUUCACGGAAUGUUUCACAAAGAAGUUGGAGAAGAGGCAACGAGGUCUACCUCAGAAAGAAAGAAGCUGGGCAUGAAAGACUAAUCAGAUGCAGAGGUUGGCAUGCCAUGUGAUGUGCAAAGCCCUGGACAGAACGGUGGACUGAAACCAAGAACAUGUGGAAUUCAGAUGGGAUGCCCAGAGCAUGCUGUCCUGAUGCGAUCUGAGAAUACACCUUCACGUAAGCAGCUACAUACCUCUUUUGGAAAACACAGGUCUCUCCAUUUUUUUAUGCACGGUGAAAGUUCAUGAAAAGUAAAUGGAUUGGGAGCAAAGAAGACGGAAGCCGUCGCCGUAGCCCCCCCAGAACACGGUCUUGAAAUUUUGAUUAGUUCCGUUUUGCCUCACUCAGACUCCCGCAGGCUAUGAGUGGUGCUCUGUGCAGCGAUAGCUCUGGCAACUCUCAUAUGCUGCCCUGUGUUUGUCUAGAGUGUCUGUGUUUUGAUUCGGACUAUAGAAACCCAAAGGGGGUCGAGACAGUGGCCAAGAGGACUCUAUUCCAGAAGCAAAACAUGGUGCAUGUACUCUUUUGUUGAUGAACCAGUAAGAACGAACUGUUUGAAAACAUUUGCAAGUCUUGAAAUGAAAUUUUUGUGGACUCAGGAGAAGGUAUGACCCAGGAACUUUCUUCAUAUUCAUUUUGUUACCUUUAUUGGUGCGUCUACAAUCCUGCACAUUUUACCCUUGAGAGGACACCGUAAGGAAUUGGUCGAGCUCACUGCAGGUGCCGUGUACAAUAUUGCCAACCGGCCUUUAGCACAGACAUGCAACCCUCCUGUUUCCAGGAUCCUUAGUUUGGAUUGCCGAGGAAAUAUACCUGUCUUACAAUUACCGAACGGUUCAUAAGCAUGACUGAUUCCAGAGGAGUGCAAGGCACCUUUUUUCUUCUCCUUGCGGACUGUAUUGAUUUUUGCCAAUGCUCAAUUUAUUGAGAUCCAGCCAUGUGAAAGACCGAGGUAAAGGGGAAAAGACAGAAGAUUGAGUUCUGCUGGAAGAGAUUACUGGACCCAGGAUCACAUUGCAGGACCAUCUGCACUACAUUGAGGACAACGGAACCUUAUCCAAGCGGACAAGGUCCGGGACAAUGAACCGGUCAGAGUUGAUCGAACCGCUCCCUACUGUGAACAGCAGCCUUGGCGGUCACUUCGGUGUGUCCCUAAACCACUCCUGCCCCCUAGGCUGGGGGCAGAAUAAGAUUGUGGAAGCUUGUGUAUUGGAGACUGCGGUCAUUGUCUUGCUGACAGUGCUCAUCAUCGCUGGGAAUUUAACGGUGAUCUUUGUGUUUCAUUGCGCCCCGUUGUUACACCACUACACCACCAGUUACUUCAUCCAGACUAUGGCCUACGCGGAUUUGUUGGUGGGGCUAAGUUGCCUGGUUCCCACCCUUUCACUACUCCAUUACCCAGCUGGUGUUCAAGAACCACUCACCUGCCAGGUGUUCAGCUACGUCAUCUCUGUACUCAAGAGUGUUUCGAUGGCAUGUUUGGCUUGCAUUAGCGUGGACCGCUAUUUGGCUAUUACCAAGCCCCUCUCCUACAACCAACUGGUUACCCCUUGCCGCCUUCGCUGCUGCAUUGUUCUCAUAUGGAUCUACUCUUGUGUGGUGUUUCUCCCAUCUUUCUUCGGCUGGGGCAAGCCGGGGUACCAUGGGGAUAUCUUCGAAUGGUGUGCCCACUCUUGGCCCACAUCUGCACUCUUCACUGGCUUUGUUGUGUGCCUACUCUACGCCCCUGCGGCACUGGUGGUCUGUUUCACCUACUUCCACAUCUUCCGCAUCUGCCAGCAGCAUAACCGAGAGAUCAGUGAGCGACGGGCACGCUUUCCCAGCCAGGAGAUGGAAACUGCCGAAGGGGGCAACCACGCAGGCCACGGGCCAGACCGGAGGUACGCCAUGGUGCUCUUUCGGAUCACCAGUGUUUUCUACAUGCUUUGGCUUCCCUACAUUUUCUAUUUCCUUCUGGAGAGUUCCCAUGUGCUGGACAGUCCUGCCCUCUCCUUUGUGACCACCUGGUUAGCAAUUAGCAACAGCUUCUGCAACUGCGUCAUUUAUAGCCUGUCCAACAGCGUAUUCCGGCUGGGGAUGCGUAGACUUUCGCAGACACUCUGCUCGUCGUGCUCUUUCAGCCCCUGCACUCAUGACGACAAGGACUUUGGAGAGCCAAAGCCAAGAAAGAGAGCCAACUCCUGCUCCAUCUGAAGAUCUUGAAGAUCAGUCACAAGCUGCUAAGUGUUGUUAAAAUGGAUUUGGCUGAGAUUUUAAAACUGAACUUGGUUGUUUCUUAUACAGAGUUUGAAGAAAUUACUCGCAGUGACAAUGAUGAAGUUGUUUAGUAGUCCACAUUCCCUGUAAAUAUUACGAUGGCACCUGACUUGGUCUUGUAAAUACUACACGACGGCCACUAGCCACAACUUGUUUGACAACCAAGACAUAUGCAGUUUUUGGAGCGUUUGUGAGCAGAAUAUUUACAAGACAAAGCCAAGGGGUGGGUUCAAAGCUCUCGCUUGUGAUGGCUCUUUCCAAAUAUAGAGCACACUUGCUAUUUUUAGAAACAUUACCCAUGUUGCUGGAUUGGUUGUUUUGAUGUUUGUCGAAUUAGUUUUGUGUCGCAGCUGUAACUGUAAAAACAGUUGCUUUACAAAAUGACAAGAGCUAGCUGAAUUUCUUCUCCUAGUGGCUUUUAUGGUACAGCGUGUCUCGAAUCUUAAAUAAUCACAGGCAAUUCACGUCAAAAGCGAUGUAGCAAAGGACAAACAGCUUGGUCUGUAUUUAUUUUUUCAAAAUCUUCAUUCUAGAUCUGAUCUUUUUGUAGGAAAUCUUGAAAUACCACAUGCGCACAAUAUCAACAAUGCCUGUAAAUGUAGUUUAGAUCCCCAGUGGUGUAAAGCCUUAGCUGUUUGUUAUUAGACCUAUUUGCCUGCAGUGACCCUUUGAGAAACAUGCAACACAGCAUGUUUUAUUUUUUAAUUCAUAUUUUUGCCAGAUCAGCUUUACCUUAACUUGACGUUCAUAUUACCUUGAGCUGAGCUAUUUUUCACUCACUUUAAUAUAUGAAUGUCCUUUUUUUUUUUUUUUUUUUUUUUUUUUUUUUUUUUGUCUGUCAAAAGUCUACAAAUUAAAUUUUCAUUCCUACUCGGUUAUAUCUCUCCCAGAAGGGUGUUGCUUAAUUUAUUUUUAUAGUAUUUCCUUUUUUUUAAUGAGAGAGUUUUAAACAGUUAAUGGAAGAAUAUAAUUGUUUUCCAAUUCAAAAUGCAUGUAAAUUUUACAAAUAUUUUUAAAUACCCAUGCAAGCUGAAAAAACUUGCAUACACAAAUUAUGUUUAUUGUUUCCAUUUAUACAUUCCAGUUCCAAUUAAUACAUCCCAGUUAUUUUCCAAAGAUUUACUGAUUUUCUGCACAGUUGCGUGACUGUCUCUAAAACAUUGUAUUUCUUGUCAUAUUGGUUUCUGCAGUGAGUAUUUUUAUGUUAUUAUGCAUCAGCCAUUAUUUUUGUAAUGAUACAGAGAAUACAAUAUAUGGCUGCUUCUUUUUGAAUUAUAAUACUUGGGUAUUGUUUGGGGCAGCAUUAAAUUCACUGAAGCAUUAAACUUGACUCUAGUAUUGGUGGUUUAGUUAAAGUUUCUUUUGUGCAUAUUUCAGUUCAUUUAUGCCUGUAAACUUUAUUUGCUGGUGGAUGUUACAGCCCUGUACAUGCUGAACUUCGCAGCUCUUAAAAAAAAAAAAAAAAACGAUACAACUAGGCUAGUUGAUGUGCAUUAGAUAAUGAAGAAAAGAAAAUAAAUUAUAAGAAUAGACUCACUUCUUUGAAAUUAAAUGGUGAGGGUGUUCUUUUUUUUAAAAUUCUAAACAACUUAAAGAGUAAAUUGACUAUUUAUUUAUUUAUUUUUCAAUGUCCAAUGGAUAUGAAACUGAUAAUAUAGCAGUAUAUUCCUGUAUUCAUUUUGCUGAUGAACCUAUAAUCUCUGUCCAUUCUUUUUCUUGAUUAGGAGAAUAAAAAUGCAAUAUAUAUUUUUUUAGGUCUGAGAUUUUAGUUUGUUUUUUGUGAGACACUUUGGUUUUGCUGUCGCUGCCAGUACAAUAAACGUGAACUGUAAACGCUGA